UAUAGACACUGAUUAGAUAUAUAGAACCAGAGAAAGAUCGGAUACAUAGCAAAAUGGCUCCAAGAACCAAAAGUUCUUCACACCAAGAGAAAGAAACUCUGAGACACUUCACCCAUCCUCAACAUGUACUAAUGAAGCAAGCUUUCGAAGAUAUACAAAACGAAGGUUAUGAUAAUGACGAGUUUGUAUGUGAUGGAUGCGGCAUGGAUGGUUCUGGUGUUAGAUAUCACUGCAAACAAUGUGGUUUCGAUCUCCACGAGGAUUGUGCAACAUGUCCUGAGGAUAUCACCUCUUACAUUCAUCCUAAUCAUCCAUUGCAACGGAUGUGGAAGGGACCAGAUGGUCAGUCGCGUCCUUGCAAUGUCUGUGGUGAUCAAGUCAAAGGUCUUUUCUACAAAUGCUCAUCUGGUGCUGCUGAGAAACGCUACGGGCUGCAUUACUUCUUCAUUCAUCCCGUAUGCUCCAAACUGCAAUUGCAAAUGCGCCAUUCAAUUGACGCAAAUCAUCCACUCAAGCUUCAAUCGGUUCCAGUAAUUCGUGAGGCCUGGUGUGCUAUCUGUAGAAAACUUGUUUCUUCCGCUUCGUGGAGUUACAGAUGUGAUCCGUGUGGAGUCAAUAUUCAUCCUCAGUGUAUUACACUUCCAUAUCAAAAUGUUCAGUCUUCUGGAACUCGUUCUUCUGAAAAUCAAUCUUCUGGAACUCGUCCUUAUGGAAAUCAAUCUUCUGGAACUCGUCCUUAUGGAAAUCAAUCUUCUGGUACUCGUCCUUCUGGAAAUCAAUCUUCUGGUACUCGUCCUUCUGGAAAUAAAUCUUCUGGAACUCGUCCUUCUGGAAAUCAAUCUUCUGGAACUCGUCCUUAUGGAAAUCAAUCUUCUGGUACUCGUCCUUCUGGAAAUCAAUCUUCUGGAACUCGUCCUUCUGGAAAUCAAUCUUCGGGAACUCGCUCUUCCGCCGUAUCACAAGUGGAACAGGCUGCUGCAGAUGCGGAUGCUUUGGCAGCUGCUAUGUACGCUACUAAAAUAUCAGCAAAAUCAAAUAAAAAUAUUUUAGAUUGUAUUUAGUUAGUGCAUCCAACGUUUUGUGUUCAGAUUGUGUAUCUUACAUCCAUAGAAGAUCACCCAUUAUGAUAUGUCAAAGUGGCAAAUUUAUUUGCUUUUCUACCGUAAUAAGAUAUUAUGAUUUUUUUUUA